AUGAAAAUUAUUGAACAAACAGACGAGGAGAUUCCAAUUCACAUUGUGAGUACUGUCGAUGUAAAAGCUGCUAAAAUAGAAGAGAAAUUAGCCCAGGAACAUAAAUCAGCACCCAAAAAGCGUGUGAGAGCUUCCAGAUAUCUUGAUGUUGGUCUUACAGUAUCCAAAUUAACCAACUCUACUAAUCAAUCAUCAUCUAAUCUUGAGGCAAUGGAUGUUGAUCCAACUGAGGAAACAGGUCAUAUGCUAUCUAAAUAUAAAACAACUGAUGAAGAAGACGAUAAAGAAAAUAAUGACGUGAGCGGACAAGCAAUCUUUCAAUUUCAACAAUCAGUCAAAAAGUCUUCCAGUUCCAUGAUGAAAAAAGCGAUUGUUGAAGAAAGCCAGCAAGUUACAAAUUCAACAAAAAGAGUGAAGCAGACAAAGAGAGGAAGAAAACAGAUAACUGAAGUUGCUCCUGACCAUGCUAAAAGACGACGUAUUCAAAGACAAAUGGAACUUUUAAAAGGUGACAAGGACGAUGAUGAACAUGAUGAUGACGAAAUAAAAGAAUUUACAUCUGAAGAAGAAGAAGAAGAAGAAAAGAAAAAAUCAAUGUAUAUCGAAACAGAGGGCUACGAAAGAUACUUUCAAGAUCUUCAUGGUACUUCAAAGACAUCGAAUAACACUCUAUCAAAACUUCCUGUACUUGAACCUCAAGAAUUUCAUCAAAUCCUUCAAAACGCGCCAUCAAAACAUUUUGAAGAAAUUAACUUCCUAUUAGAAAUGCACAAACAACAUUUCUCACAGUGGUAUUUUGAACUACAUUCUGGAUUUAAUCUUGUGUUUUAUGGAUAUGGUUCAAAACGUAAAUUAUUAAACGAAUUUGCACAAACAUCUUUAACUGAUGGACCCAUGAUUGUUGUUAAUGGAUUUUUCCCAUCUAUUACUAUCAAGGAUAUUUUACUAAAGAUUACAGCAGGCGCGUUAGGUCUGACAGGACCAUCAGGUUCAAUUCAAGAUCAUGUAAAGUUUAUUUGCGAUUAUUUUUCAGAUGAAGAUCGAGAUUAUGAAAGCCUUUACAUUGUGAUUCAUAACCUAGAUGGAGCUAAUCUACGUAAUGAACGAGCACAAACAAUAUUAUCAAUGUUAGCAAGUGCCGAUAAUAUUCAUUUGAUUGCCUCUAUAGAUCAUAUUAAUGCAGGAUUAUUAUGGGAUAAUGCUAAA